AAGGAUUCUCAAAAUGGCUUCUCUAAUUUUUGCAACUCUCUUGUCCCUUUUGUUACUCUCAAACGUGAACGCCUAUCCGAAAGAUGGCUUCACCAUUGAUCUGAUCCACCGCGAUUCUCCCAAAUCACCGUUCUACAAUUCCGCCGAAACCUCUUCACAACGUAUGAGAAAUGCUAUCCGCCGCUCCGCUCGCAGUACACUCCAAUUCAGCAAUGAUGAUGCUUCACCAAACUCACCACAAUCUUUUAUCACUUCCAACCGCGGUGAGUAUCUCAUGAACAUAUCCAUCGGGACGCCCCCGGUCCCGAUACUAGCGAUUGCGGAUACUGGCAGCGACUUGAUUUGGACUCAAUGCAAUCCUUGCGAAGAUUGUUACCAGCAGACAUCUCCACUCUUUGAUCCUAAAGAAUCUUCCACAUAUAGAAAGGUUUCUUGCUCCUCAAGCCAAUGUCGUGCCCUAGAAGAUGCUUCUUGUUCCACAGAUGAAAACACUUGUUCUUAUACGAUUACAUACGGUGACAAUUCAUACACCAAAGGUGACGUUGCCGUUGACACCGUGACGAUGGGAUCUAGCGGUCGCCGCCCUGUGUCACUCAGAAACAUGAUCAUUGGUUGCGGACACGAAAACACUGGAACCUUUGACCCGGCUGGCUCAGGGAUCAUCGGACUCGGAGGAGGAUCUACAUCGUUGGUCUCACAACUCAGGAAAUCCAUCAACGGUAAAUUCUCCUAUUGUUUAGUACCUUUCACCUCUGAAACCGGCCUAACGAGCAAGAUCAACUUUGGAACAAACGGCAUUGUCUCGGGCGAUGGAGUUGUGUCCACCUCCAUGGUCAAGAAAGAUCCCGCCACAUACUAUUUCCUAAACCUAGAAGCCAUUAGCGUGGGAAGCAAGAAAAUUCAAUUCACAAGCACAAUCUUUGGGACCGGAGAAGGAAACAUUGUUAUCGACUCCGGUACCACUCUAACUCUAUUGCCAUCCAAUUUUUACUAUGAGCUUGAAUCUGUCGUUGCUUCUACAAUCAAAGCAGAGCGAGUGCAAGAUCCCGAUGGUAUUCUGAGUCUUUGUUAUAGAGACAGCUCUAGUUUUAAAGUUCCAGACAUAACUGUUCAUUUCAAAGGAGGUGAUGUGAAACUCGGCAAUUUGAAUACGUUUGUGGCAGUGUCUGAAGAUGUGUCUUGCUUUGCAUUUGCUGCAAAUGAACAACUAACCAUUUUUGGAAACUUGGCGCAAAUGAACUUCCUUGUUGGAUACGACACUGUUUCUGGAACUGUGUCGUUUAAGAAAACGGAUUGCUCUCAAAUGUAGCUCACUAAACCUUCUUAUUCUUAUUAUACUACCCAAUUUAUUUCUUAAGAAUAGUGUAUUUUUCUCCUGAAGUACAUGCUACAUACCUAUAAUAAAACUGGUCUUAAAUUUUUAGUGUUUGUGUUAGCGUGUAG